AGGCGGCGGGAGGCGGCGAGUACGAUGGCGACCCUGGGCCGCCUGCUGUGCGUGCUGGGCCUGCUCCUAUGCUGGGCGGCGAACUUACGCCUAUCCGCUCACCGCAGCCCGAUCGGGAAGAAGCCCAUCAUCGGAGUAUUAAUGCAAAAGUGUCGUAAUAAGCAGAUGAGAAACAUUGGAAGAUACUAUAUUGCUGCAUCUUAUGUAAAGUACUUGGAGUCUGCAGGUGCAAGAGUUGUACCAAUAAGACUUGAUCUUUCAGAUGAAGAGUAUAUGAAGCUUUUCCAAUCUAUUAAUGGGAUACUUUUUCCUGGAGGAAGUGUUAACAUCAAGAAGUCAGGUUAUUCCCAAGUGGCCAAAAUAUUUUACGAACUUGCCAUACAGAGUUUUGAUGAUGGAGACUAUUUUCCUGUGUGGGGCACGUGCCUUGGAUUUGAAGAACUCUCAUAUUUGAUUAGUGGAGAGUACUUGUUAACUCACACAAACACAGUUGGAAUUACAAUGCCCCUGAACUUCACCGGAGGUAUACUGCAAAGCAGAAUGUUUGCGAAUUUUCCUGCUGAACUGAUGUUAUCCUUGGCACUAGAACCUCUGACUGCCAAUUUCCACAAUUGGAGCCUCAUUGUGAAGAAUUUUACAAGGAAUGAAAAAUUGAAGACAUUUUUUAAUGUACUAACUACAAACACAGAUGGCGCGAUGGAGUUUGUGUCAACAGUGGAAGGAUACAAAUAUCCAGUAUAUGGCGUCCAGUGGCAUCCAGAGAAAGCCCCUUAUGAGUGGGGGAAAUUAAAAGGCAUUUCCCAUGCACCCAAUGCUGUGAAGGCUGCUUUUUAUUUAGCAGAGUUCUUUGUGUCUGAAGCUCGGAAAAACAAUCAUCAUUUUGAAUCUAAGGCUGAUGAAGAUGCCGCUUUAAUUUAUCAGUUUCGUCCUACUUAUACUGGAAACAUUUCUUCGUUUCAGCAGAGUUAUAUAUUUGAUUGAAAACCUUAAAUGUAUUGAUAGGAAUUUUUGAUAAAUCCAUAAUUAAAAUGUUACAAUGACUUGUCACUCUUGGCAAUAACAGAAAGCCACAGAGAUUUCUUUUCUGUGAUGUCAUUGGCUCUGAUUCAUCAUUCAGUAUAAUUGGCUACUUAUAUCACAAAGAGACAGAUAAUAAUAAUCAGUGAUUUUAUUUUUUCUUAUUGAUUAAAAAAAUGCCACCACCUACUUGUCUACCCAUAGUUGCCAAAUACUUUUUAAAAAUCUUACCUCUGGUUCACUCUGAUAUCUACCUCUUUUGAGUCCCAGGAGUAGUGUGUGUGUGUAUGUGUGUGUGUGUGUGUGUGUGUGUAUGUGUGUGUAGACACAUGUAGACAUAUUUCCUUUUCUGCUAUUUGACUCCACAAUUAAAGUGCACACCUCCUGAAAGCAGAGCUUGUGUCCUGAACUUUUUAUCUUCCAUGAUUUCUACCACAGUAGGUCUCAAAUAAAUGCUUU